GCGUGAGCGAGCGCUGGGGAGAGGAUGCACAGGAGGAGAAAGGCAGCAGCGCUGGCAGCCGGCUCGGAGGCACAGCUGCUUCUGUGAAAUCCACCGCACUCCUCCCUGUGCAUGCAGCCUGCGAACAAAGGAACCCAGCGGCGGGGGGUGCAUCCGAGCCGGAGCCUUGCCCUGCAAGCUGCAUCUCAGCCCCCCUGAGCAGGGCUCUUCCCCCCGCCCCCUCUCAGCGCUGGGAAGGAAGGGAAGGCGGAUCGGGCUCAAGAUGGCUUUAGCCCGGCUCUGCGCCCUGCUUGCCUGCUGCUGCUGGCUCCCGGCUGCCGCUGCCGGGGCCGCGGAGGCGGACGAGGACCCGUCCAAGGAGCUGGAGUGCAAGCUCAAGAGCAUCACGGUGUCGGCGCUGCCCUUCCUGCGGGAGAACGACCUGAGCAUCAUGCACAGCCCCUCGGCCUCGGAGCCCAAGCUGCUCUUCUCGGUGCGCAACGACUUCCCCGGGGAGAUGGUGGUGGUGGAUGAUCUGGAGAACACCGAGCUGCCCUACUUUGUGCUGGAGAUCUCGGGGAACACAGAGGACAUUCCCCUGGUGCGCUGGAGGCAGCAGUGGCUGGAGAACGGCACGUUGCUCUUCCACAUCCACCACCAAGACGGCACCCCCAGCUUGCCUGGUGCUGACCCCACCGAAGAGCCCCAGACUGAGUCAGCGGAAGAGGAGCUAAGGAUCCUCCACAUCUCCGUCAUGGGGGGCAUGAUUGCCCUGCUGCUCUCCAUCCUGUGCCUGGUGAUGAUCCUCUACACCCGCCGGCGUUGGUGCAAGCGGCGCCGGGUGCCGCAGCCCCAGAAGAGUGCCAGCGCGGAGGCGGCCAACGAAAUCCACUACAUCCCCUCGGUUCUGAUUGGGGGUCACGGACGGGAGAGCCUGCGGAACGCCCGCGUGCAAGGCCACAACUCCAGCGGCACGCUGAGCAUCCGCGAGACCCCCAUCCUGGACGGCUAUGAGUACGACAUCACUGACCUGCGUCACCACCUGCAGCGCGAGUGCAUGAACGGCGGCGAGGACUUCGCUAGCCAGGUCACCAGGACGUUGGAUUCGCUGCAGGGCUGCAAUGAGAAGUCUGGCAUGGAUCUCACGCCAGUUUUUGCCUUAAAUUCUUCCUGCUCAGGAAGCGACAAUGCCAAGCUGUCCUUGAUGAACAAGUACAAGGAUAACAUCAUCGCUACCAGCCCCGUGGACUCCAACCACCAGCAGGCUACCCUGUUGUCUCACACCUCCAGUAGCCAGCGGAAGCGGAUCAAUAACAAAGCACGAGCUGGCUCAGCGUUUCUGAACCCUGAAGGAGAUUCUGGGACAGAGGCUGACAACGACCCCCAGCUAACGUUUUAUACGGACCCAUCCCGGAGCAGGCGGCGCAGCAGAGUGGGCUCGCCGAGAAGUCCCGUCAACAAGACCACGCUGACCCUGAUCAGCGUCACCAGCUGUGUGAUCAGCCUGGUGUGCUCAUCCCACAUGAGCUGCCCGCUCAUCGUCAAGAUCACCCUGCACGUCCCGGAGCACCUCAUUGCCGACGGGAGCCGCUUUAUCCUGCUGGAAGGCAGCCAGCUGGAUGCCAGCGACUGGCUAAACCCUGCCCAAGUCAUCCUGUUCUCCCAACAGAACUCCAGCGGGCCCUGGGCACUGGACCUCUGUGCCCGACGACUUCUUGACCCGUGUGAACACCAGUGUGAUCCAGAAACCGGUGAGUGCCUUUGCUAUGAGGGUUACAUGAAGGACCCGGUGCACAAGCAUCUCUGCAUCCGGAAUGAGUGGGGCACAAACCAGGGGCCGUGGCCAUAUACAAUAUUCCAGCGUGGAUUUGACUUGGUGCUGGGAGAGCAGCCUUCUGAUAAGAUCUUUAGGUUCACCUACACCCUGGGGGAAGGGAUGUGGCUGCCACUGAGUAAGAGCUUUGUGAUCCCGCCGGCCGAACUGGCCAUCAACCCCUCAGCCAAGUGCAAAACGGAUAUGACGGUGAUGGAGGAUGCGGUGGAGGUCAGGGAAGAACUGAUGACUUCCUCCUCCUUUGAUAGCCUGGAGGUUCUCUUAGACUCCUUUGGACCGGUUCGGGAUUGCUCCAAGGACAACGGGGGCUGCAGCAAGAAUUUCCGCUGCAUCUCGGACCGCAAAUUGGACUCCUCCGGUUGUGUGUGCCCAGCAGGUCUCAGCCCUAUGAAGGAUGGCACCGGCUGCUAUGACCGCCACGUUGGGGUGGACUGUUCGGAUGGGUUCAAUGGUGGCUGCGAGCAGUUGUGUCUCCAGCAGAUGGUGCCUCUGCUGGAAGAUCCCUCUCUGUACAAUAUCCUCAUGUUCUGUGGGUGCAUUGAGGAUUACAAACUUGGAGUGGAUGGGCGGUCAUGCCAGCUGAUCUCAGAAUCCUGCCCAAAGGGAGGUGACUGCGGGGAGAGCCGGGAGCUGCCCAUGAAUCAGACUCUGUUUGGGGAAAUAUUCUACGGGUACAACAACCACUCCAGGGAGGUUGCAGCUGGACAAGUGCUGAAAGGAACCUUCAGGCAGAACAACUUUGCCCGGGGCUUGGAGCAGCAGCUUCCAGAUGGCCUGGUGGUGGCCACUGUCCCGCUGGAGAACCAGUGCCAGGAGCAGAUCUCUGAGCCCACACCCGACCCAGGCUUUCUGACUGGGAUGGUGAAUUUCAGCGAGGUGUCUGGAUACCCAUUGCUGCAGCACUGGAAGGUGCGUUCCGUCAUGUACCACGUCCGGCUCAACCAGCUGACCAUCUCCCAGUCUUUCAGCAACGCCCUCCACUCUCUCGAUGGAGCCACCUCCCGAGGCGAUUUCGUGGCCCUGCUAGACCAGUUUGGCAACCACUACAUCCAGGAGGCAGUCUAUGGCUUUGAGGAAUCCUGCUCCAUCUGGUAUCCCAAUAAGCAGGUCCAGCGGCAGCUCUGGCUGGAGUACGAAGACAUAAGCAAAGGCAAUUCCCCCUCUGACGAGUCCGAGGAGCGAGAGCGGGACCCCAAGGUUCUCACCUUCCCCGAAUACAUCACCAGCCUGUCGGAGUCGGGCACCAAGCGGAUGGCAGCUGGGGUCCGCAUGGAGUGCCAGAGCAGAGGCCGCUGCCCCUCCUCAUGCCCGCUUUGCCAUGUGACUUCAAGCCCAGACACGCCAGCCGAGCCAAUUCUGCUGGAGGUCACCAAAGCAGCGCCCAUCUAUGAGCUGGUCACCAACAACCAAACCCAGAGGCUGUUGCAGGAGGCCACCAUGAGCACCCUGUGGUGUUCCGGGAGUGGGGAUGUCAUUGAAGACUGGUGCCGGUGUGACUCGAGUGCUUUUGGCGCCGACGGGCUCCCAACCUGUGCACCCCUCCCACACCCAGUGCUGCGGCUCUCCACGGUGCACGAGCCGAGCAGCACCUUGGUGGUGUUGGAAUGGGAGCACUCAGAGCCGCCAAUUGGAGUGCAGAUCGUCGAUUACCUCAUCCGUCAGGAGAAGAUCACCGACCGAAUGGAUCAUUCCAAAGUGGAGACCGAGACAGUGCUGAGUUUAGUGGAUGACAUCAUCUCCGGAGCCAAAUCCCCCUGUGCGAUGCCGGCACAAGUACCCGACAAGCUGUCCACCACCAUCUCCUUGAUCAUUCGCUGCCUGGAGCCUGACACCACCUACACGUUCACGCUUUGGGGAGUUGAUAACACGGGGAGACGCUCCAGGUCAAGUGAUGUGACGGUCAAGACCCCAUGCCCAGUGGUAGAUGAUGUGAAGGCUCAAGAAAUAGCAGACAAGAUCUACAAUCUCUUCAAUGGCUACACCAGCGGCAAGGAGCAGCAGACAGCUUACAACACUCUGCUGGACCUGGGCUCACCCAGCCUGCACCGGGUCCUCUACCACUACAACCAGCACUACGAGAGCUUCGGGGAGUUCACAUGGCGGUGUGAAGAUGAAUUAGGACCCAGGAAGGCCGGCCUCAUUCUCUCCCAGCUUGGGGACCUCAGCGGCUGGUGCAACAGCCUCCUUCAGGAGCCCAAGAUCAGCCUCCAGCGCACGUCGCUCAGGUAUCUCGCCUGCCGCUACAGCGAGAUCAAGCCAUACGGACUUAACUGGUCGGAGCUGAGCCGGGACCUCAAGAAGACAUGCGAAGAGCAAGCGCUAAGCAUCCUCUCUAAUGACUAUGGAGACAAAGACAACUGAGGGGUUGAGGAACCACGCUCAGACCCCUAAGAGGCAAGCGGGAGAAAAGAGCAUUUGUGGGAGUUUUAUAAAUGGAUCUGCAGGAGGUCAGUGAAAUCUCCCAAGACAAAGCUUAAACCAGGGAGGCAAGCUACUGCUCUUUGCAGGACUUACCCGGUAUUAGACUCUUCAACACGGCCAACAGCCUUUCUAGUUGGAGGGCUCGUGAGACCCAGUUUUUGUUUGUUUUGCUCAUUUUGCCAAGAGUUUCCUUGGACUGUAUAGGUGAACACAUACUCCAGAAUGAAAGUUACACUUUUAAAGGUUCCAGCCCACGACUCCCACCCACAUUCCCCAUGCAGCGUGACCCUCAAAGAGAACAAAAUCAGAACAACAGAAGCCAGGCAGGGAGAGAAAUCUCCUAUUUGGAAUUAAUAAACCCAGCCUCUCAAUUAACAUCAGGUCUGGAAAAGCAGAAAGAGGGCAUCAGCGUCAGAUUUAGCUCUUCCCCAUAAGGAUCCAGCUCUGAGCUUAGAUCUGAUAACAAAAAAAACGCUGCAGUUGUAAAGCACGAGCUCUGGACUGCAGCAGCAAUAAUCUUCAAAUCAUCACAGGGUAGGGAGGGCUUGUAGCACCCUCCCCCCACCCCUUCAUUCCUUGCUCGUUCUCCAGAGUCCCUGAUCUUGGCUCUGUGCUGGGAUCCUGCAAGGUCCUUCCGAUUGUAGUCAGCUCCAAAUGGCAUGUCGGGGUGGUCACUGAGGUUAACAGGGCAGUAGCAAUGUACUUUUCACUGCACCACAUUUGUGUCCUUUUUUGCCAAAAUAACAGCUGCUAAGCAGUGAUGAGUUUGGGCAGAGCUCUUGCUAAAAUGUAGAUGCUUGGGGAGCAUUUACCCUGGUACCAAACCUCAGCACAUGGCCCACUAUCAGCUUUAAAGGUGCCACUCAGCUUGACCAGUAGGAUUUGGGGAAGGGAGGGUGAGAGGAACCGUGGGAUUGUUUCCACUUUGCAGCAGAGGUUGUCUCCUUAUCUUCAGAUCCCUCUCCACUUAGCAGAAAGUGAAACUCCACCCGGAGUGUGGAAUGAACCAUGAACACACACCUAGGAGCAGCUUCACAGACCUUGGCUACCUACUGAAGAGAUGCAGUCCAACCCUUGGGAGAUCCCAUCUAAAAACCUGAUCUUUGGCUUAUUCUUUCAUGAAAGGUGAAGCAUUUGAAAAGUGACUUCAGUAGAGCACCUGGGUUGAAUCUGGCUCUUUUAAGAGCGCCCCUCACCCACACCCCCAGAAUAGGGCUAUUCUUCCCUAGUUUGAUUGCUCUUUCUUGCCACAGCUCACAAGCGUGUUUGUUGAGGUUACUGCAGCAUGAGGCAUCGGCACCGACCCUGUGGGUGCUCAGCCCCCACCAGCCACAGCUGUUCCCUGCCCCUGCUUGGAAGCUCAGGGAAGGGCUUGGGUGAGGGUGGAGAGUGAUUGGGGGGCGGGAAGAGGCAGAGUGAAGGUGGGGCCUUGGGGGAAGGGAUGGAGUGGGGGUGUAGCCUCAGGGCAAAGCAGGGGUGGAGCACUGCCAGGGAAAAAGGAAAAGACGGCACCUGUGGCAUAAGGAGCUAACCCCUGAGGGGACUGACAGGAGCGCUGUGUUUGUACAGCCCUUGCUGCACAAGAAUUCAUGCCAUGGCAGCAAGGAUCUUCACUCCUACUUAGUCACAGCUUCCCUGUUUUAAACUCCCAUUAGCACUAGGGGAGACGGGGCUUAGUUCAAUUCCAGUUCAUUGGCAGAAGGGAUCUUUAUUACCAGUGAUGAUCGGAGAGGGUGAAAGACUCUCCAGUCCCAGAGUGAGGUGAGGUGAGGCUACAGAGGUGGCAGGUAGAGAAACAUCUUUGACCUUGCCAGCUGAGAACUUUUGAUUUGGAACAACUGUGAGAUGAACAUGGGGCCCCAUGAUGGAACAUUUAUAGUAGCUUUCAAAAUAGAAUCUCCUUUUAAUAUUUUAAUGCUGGCAGAAGCCAUCUGAGCCUACACCUUAUGCUUUCCUGCCAACCUUCUUUUCUCCCACUAAGUGCCAAGGACACAAAUCUGUUUGUUUUGUAUCUAGGGUGGAGUUAAUGCCCACAGCGUUACCUAACAGUAUUUGCAUAUCAACAACCACCAUGCCCUGAGAAUUUUGCACAUUAGAUAUGUCAGUUCUCCUGACCUUUUUCAGACAGGCAGAUGCAAGAUAAGACUCCCUCUGCAUUAUAACACAUUGGGUGGACAAACUUGACCUCGGGAGAGCUGACUUAGACUGGUGAGUCGAGAAGAGCUGCCAGUACCAUAGUUAGACCAUUACCUGGAAGAGUAACAGUGAGGUACUAAAUGCAGCCAACGAGUGUCCCCCUGCAAAAGAAAGUCUGCAACAAAGCAACGGAAUCCACACGGAUCCCAGAUUGCACUUUUCAUGCUCUGUCACAAAGGUCUUAUACCCUUCUGCCCCCAGCAGUAGACACUCACUGGUGCUUUAAAUGCCUCCCAUGAUGCGUUUGCCCUGCUGGGGAAACGGGAGAGAGGUUUUAGCAGCUCCGAGGUGGCUUAUGCCCCAGACCCAAGGGCUGGUUUCUGUUAUAAAAUCAUCACCACUUGCAGAGUCCCAGGUGUUAUAAAAACCCUUACAUUAACCUUGGCCCAUAUCGCAAUCAUGCUUAGUUAUUUGUCUCCCUGCCUCUCUGGGCCAGUGCAUCCCACUCAAGGGAUCUCAAGUCACUGUACAAAGCAAUGAUAAGCUAGCUGCCAGGAGUGCAGUAACCUUGACGCACUCAGCCAUAAUUCAUACACAACCCUGGAUAUUUAAGCUGGAUUCAGUGAGGCGGAAUCUUGGCCAAGACACCUGGGUUUAUCCUCUUACUCUUUUCAGCAAAUGCCAGGACAACUAGAUUUCACAUGGGCAGCCCCCAGGGGAUGGGCCAAAGAGACCUUGGCUUAAUAUCGUCUCUGAAGGACACUUGAACACAUACGGCUUUGGCCCAGAAGUGAGUUUGUUGCUCACCAAGCAGUACUGCAUACGUGGUAUUUUUAUAAGAGAGAGACUUUUCCUCUCUAGCAGCCUCAUCCCCUUUUUAUCACUUCCCAGGGGCAGCAGUGUAGGCGGCUUUGUCAGCCUAGAGAGAGGGACUCUGCCAAGAAACCCCUGCAUCUGCCAGACACUGGGCACUCACACCUGCCAGGGUAGCUGAUUUGUCCCACUUGUGACUGGGCUUCACAGCCAUUUCCAGAUUGCUUCUGCUCUUCGCAUUUUGAACUACUUGCAUCACAGAGCCCCCCACCAGGCAGCCCUGCCUUCCCAAGAAGCCCCUGGUCCUAUCACAGCGACUAUACAUGGCAAAGCCCUAAUUGGUUAGCCAGUCCAAGCCCUGGCCAACAUAGGAAUAUCUCUAGUCCUGGUGUCCCCUGUACGCGCCAGCACUUUGUCUAGGUCACUUUUUAAAAGGACUGAGGCGUUGGGGUCUAUGGUUGACCUCACAGGAGAUUGUUGCUCACUGAGCAUCACAUACCACCCUGCAACACCACGGUAAGCCCAGCUUCCAGAUGGUGGGACAGCACGAGUACCUGCUGCUGUUUUAGUUAUUUGAAUGACAGGAUAGGCCACAUGGGGAACAUUUAUUGAUAUUACACUAACACCUGGCUGCUCCAGCUGAGCCAGAGUCCCCGUUUUGCUGGGUGCUGAACACAUGCAGAGCAGGCGCUUACAAUCUAAGUAGACAAAGGGUGAGAGGGUACUUGACUUGCUUGCCCAACGGCACAGAGUAGGACAGUGGCAGAGCCACAUCUAGAACCCAGCUCGCUCGACUCCCAGUCCAGGGCCCUACCCAGUAGACUCUGCUGCCUGCCUGUGGUGCUGCACAGAAGCAGGAGUGUCACCCACUUACUAUCAUUAUUUCUCUAGCACCAUUACCAUGCAUGGCCCUUCCAGGUGAGACGCAUCAAGGGAUGCAACAGGGCCUCUUGCUGGUGCAGGAUAAGGUGAGGCGGCCUUGGAGCCCAGUGACAAGUCCCCCUCUUCCCAGCCCUGCACAAGUGAGAACACAAGCUGACGUGAGCAGCUGGAGGAGGAGGACAGACUGCUGCUCAGUGCGGUCUUUUGCCGAGGUCCCCUAACGCACAGGUUUUAACGCCAGUUUCUUUAUUCUCAUGGGGUGCGGGGUUUCCUUGGUGGGAGGGAUCGUGACCCUGGUUGUACUUUAUGGCGGCUAAUCCUGAAUUAACAGUUCAACAGAUGCUUUAAGCCACGGAACAUUUUAAACUAGACCUGGCUGUUUAUUAUAGUGUCCUGGCACCAAACACAAGCAGCUGCAUUGCAGCCCAGCUGCGUUGCAAUUGCACGUGACCUGCUGACCAAAUCACCCAUUGAUUUCCAUGGAGACCAUUGGCUUCUGGGCCAUUGCUGUAAACCAGCUGGAAGUCUGGCCCCAAAAGGUCCAGGUUCCAGAUUCACAAAAAGUACUUAGUUGCUUAGCUCCCCUUGAAAUCGCUGGGCAUUAGGUGCCUAAAUACCUUUGUGAAUUUGGGCCACAUCACAUACCACAUUUGCUCAUGGGGGAAAUUCUUAGAUGCAGCUGGGUUUUGUCAAUGGCCAUGACAGACGGCAUUAACAAAGUAUUAACCCUUUAAAAGAUGGCAUUGACCAUGCUGCCAACCAACUGAAUGCUUUUCUAUGUCUGUGGCCACAUUCUCCCCCUUCCUUGGUUUCCUCCUGCAUUAAUGGUGGAUGAUUCACUUGAGACAAACCUCCGAGUUAUUUUCUUGGCUGUAGCUGUACUGCUCUAAUAGCAUUAAUAUCUUUUACUUGUCGUGCAAUUAUUUAACAUGAAGAUGGUUGGGCUGUUUUGUUUUUUUUAAUUACUACAAUUCUUGUUUCUUGAUGUUCUAUUAGAACUCUGUGAUGUUUUACUACUGUAGAUUGAAAGUGGGGUGUGGGGGGGGGAGACAUGGCAAAACCAUAAGGAAUUACAGUAUUAUUUAAAAAGGUUUUAAAAAAAUAAUUGUAACACUGUAAAAAUCCAGAUGAAAAUUUAAGUGACUAUUAAACAGACUGUUAGUAAGUU